AUGGUGUUACCGCGUAUCGAUGUGAAGUUUGCGUUUUUGAGCUCUGUAUCGCCCGCUUGCCAUCACAUGUGGUAUGGUGCUAAACGGCAGGUCGAGUGGGCAAUAGCAGUGAUGGCGAAUCGGAUCGACAACGGAACGGCGUGGAACCUGCACAAGUAUUGGCGUGAGGCGGUAGCCCCGCAAAAUCCAAAACCGGCCCUAGGCACGUAG